CGGUUUGGUUCCUACGAUCAAUCAGUCAAUAUGCUCUAAGUAGCUGUCUAAUCCCUGACUAUAAUGCGCCUACAAAUUUCAGAUUUCAACACACGUUACCCUUUUCCUCUUCACGUCGCUCUCCUGAAUCAUCCUCUCCGAAUGUAUCCCAUGCCUUAUUUGAGAUGGAGGACCGCGGUCAGUCGACGGACGAGUCAACAGAAGUCAGUGCCGACGGAACCGGAUGCUGAUCCUGUGGAAAUCAAAUCGGAGAUAGAAGGGGAGCAGGAGAACAAGCUGCAGGGAAAAUUCUUGAAAGGCCGGAACCUCCAUCUUUUAACGAUGGUGCUUGGAUUGCCCUCUUUCUCUCCACCGUCGAGACCACCAUUGUCGGUACUUCGUUGGUUCGGAUCACCAAACGCCUUAAAUGGCUUCUUGAUUAAGGUCUGGGAUGUCACUGCAUAGCUACUGACCUACAUGGGCGA